CCUUUGUGAACUUCAAAUCUUCCAGUAUGCUUGCUAUUGAAACUGGAUAAGCGGUCGCCCACCCUAAAAGUUGGCGUUUUCUUUUCCCUUUUCUUUUUCUUCUUUCAAACCAACUGUAAUCACCAUUGCCACUACCACCACCACCACCACCUUCAUAUCAUCACCAUCUCUGCCACCACCAACACCACUACCACAACAACAACUAUAACAACCACUAAGUUUUAAACAUUACCUCUUUCACAACAUCGGGACCUACAUUGAGAACGUAAAGGACACUAAAUAGGGACUUUGUCCCAGACCCCUAUUUCAUCAUGGUUGCGGGAUCAGGAAACAUGGAUCAUGACCGAAUUGCUAUCCAACGGGGCAAAAGACCAGCGGGAGUCAGCUCCAAGCGCCGUGCCCCAUUGGGAAGUCCUAAACGUGAUGUUCAAAGGGCAGAUAUGUUAAAAAUGUAUUCCAAGUACAGCAAGAUAGUUAAUUUCGACCAGCUUAAAGAUCCCACGGAAAUAUGGGAGCUGCAGGAACUGGUUGGAGAAGGCACCUAUGGAGAGGUGUACGCUGUGAGAAACAAACAAACAGGCCAAAAGGCUGCUGCCAAAAUAUUGGAGAACAUCCACGAGACUGUUGAAGAGAUCGAGCAGGAAUAUCAGAUUCUAAAGGCUGUGAGUAAUAACCCUAAUUUCCCACAAUUCUAUGGAUUGUACCUGAAGAAAGAAAACAAACUGGAUGACCAGUUAUGGAUUGUCAUGGAGUUGUGUCAGAAUGGAUCUGUAACGGAUCUUUCGAAAGACUUGGUAACGCGUAAGAAUCGGCUGGAUGAAGUCCUGAUUGCUUUCAUCUUGAAGGAAACACUGAAGGCCAUUAAUCAUAUGCAUAAAUGUCAUUAUAUGCAUCGGGAUAUCAAAGGACACAACAUCCUAAUGACAAGUGAUGGUUCCAUCAAACUGGUCGACUUUGGUGUUUCAGGCUUACUUGAUCAUUCUCUAGCAAACAGAAGGACUUCUGUAGGCACCCCCUAUUGGAUGGCACCAGAGGUAAUUGCAUGUGAGCAACAACUUGAUUAUGUCUAUGACAUUCGGUGUGAUGUUUGGUCACUAGGGGUCACUGCAAUUGAAUUAGCCGAUGGUGACCCACCCCUUUCUGAGCAGCACCCUAUGAGAGCAUUGUUUAAAAUUCCAAGAAGUCCUCCACCAACAUUCAAAAACCCUGAUCUCUGGUCUAAAGAAUUCCAAGAUUUUGUUGCUCAAUGCUGCAUUAAGGAUUACGAAAAACGACCUUUUACAACAGAAUUAUUCGACCAUCCAUUUUUUAAGCAAAUUCCUGAUGACGUAAGCUUGUUGAAACAAAAAUUAACAAACAUGGUACACCAAAUGAAUCCGGUGAUUCACACCCCUGAUGUGACCACCAAACAUGGUCAGUUGAAGUCGAAGAGGGCCAGUAAGAGGCCAGUCAACGUCCCCGAUGACCUGGCUACUUUGGAAACCUUAAAUGCUGAUGUGAUAACCCGCCAGUUAGAAGAGAGAUACAAACAUAGUGUCAUCUACACCUACAUAGGGGACAUAUUACUGGCUGUUAACCCUUUUAGACCUUUGAAUAUUUACUCAGAAAAGCAUCUUGAACAAUACACCAAUGCACCCAAAGGGUCUUUGCCACCUCACAUCUUCGGUCUGGCUGACCAAGCUUUCCAUAGUAUGUUGCAUCUGCAAAUCAAUCAGUGUAUUGUUAUCAGUGGAGAAUCUGGCGCUGGUAAGACUGAGAGUGCUAACUAUCUGUUACAGCAGCUCACUAACCUUGGGCAGGCUCCUGACAAGUCUUUACAACAAAGACUUCUUCAAGCGAAUCCGUUGAUGGAGGCUUUUGGUAACUCACAGACUGUUAUUAAUGAUAAUUCCAGUCGCUUCGGCAAAUAUCUUGAUAUGAUUUUCAACAAUAUCGGCAGUGUAAAUGGCGCAAGGAUUACUGAAUAUCUCUUGGAAAAAUCCAGAAUUAUACAACAAGCGCCUGGAGAGCAGAGUUUUCAUAUAUUUUACUACAUCUUGGCUGGUCUUGGGAAUCUUCCAGAUGAUAAGUAUUUCUUGAAAUCCUCCAAAACAUUUAGAUAUAUCAGCCAAUACCAGCCAAACCCAUCAAUUUUAGCUUUCAAUUCCCAAAAGUUCCAGACUAUAAAGCAAUGUUUCGAUAUCAUCGGAUUCACUCCUGAGGAGGUCGAUGAACUUUUCUGCGUUCUGUCAAGUAUUUUACACAUCGGUAAUAUAGACUUUACAGCACAGGAGACCCGACAUGGCAGUGACUCAUGUACCGUUAUAGAUAAUACGAUCAUAAACAAUGUCGCCAAUCUGCUUGGUGUUGAUCCAAAAGAGCUGAUUGAUUCUUUAACUUCCACUGGCAUCCUCGCUCGUGGAGAAGUUAUCAUCCGCUGCAACACCAGAAAUGAGGCACUUGAUGCUAGAGAUGCCAUGGCUAAGGCCCUCUACGGACGACUCUUUAGUUGGAUUGUCAACAAAAUUAACUGCCAACUGAAACCCAAGAAAGAGGGGUCCCAAGAAUUUUUAUGCAUUGGAAUUUUGGAUAUUUUUGGUUUUGAAAAUUUCCAGAAGAACUCAUUCGAGCAAUUAUGUAUUAAUAUAGCUAACGAACAAAUACAGUAUUAUUUCAAUCAACAUAUUUUUGCCUGGGAACUGCAAGAAUAUGAAUCUGAAGGAAUUGAUGGAGCUGAAGUGGACUAUGAAGACAACCGUCCUGUACUCGAUAUGUUCCUCAUGAAACCAAUGGGCUUAUUAGCCCUCCUUGAUGAAGAAAGUCUUUUCCCGAAAGGAACAGACCAGUCAUUGACAGCAAAAUUCCACCAAAAUAUCAAAUGCCCUGCCUACAUCAAACCAAAGGCUGAACAGAACUUGAAUUUUAUUAUUGAACAUUAUGCUGGGAAGGUGGAAUACCAAACGACUGGAUUCCUGGAGAAGAACCGAGACAGGCUCCCAACUGAAGUGAUCCAUCUAUUCCGAAUGUCGAUUAAAAAUGUGGUCAAAGCUUUAUUCCACACCCCACUCACAAAGAUUGGUAACCUCUCUACUGGCAUAUCUCGUAAUUCUCAGCCUGGUGGAACGGUUAAUAACAACUACAGAGACCCACGUCAAACUUCCAACAGCAGAAUGGGCCAUGGACAGGGAUCAACCAGCAUGACUCGUAUUCAGCAGACUGUGUCGUCAUAUUUCCGUUACUCUCUUAUGGACUUACUCUCCAAGAUGGUUGCAGGGACACCGCACUUUGUUCGUUGCCUGAAACCAAACAACCAGAAAGUUCCUGCAGUCUACGACAAGGAACUCAUCAAGACCCAGCUUCGCUACACUGGAGUCUUGGAAACUACCAGAAUUCGCCGAGAAGGUUUCUCUCAUCGUAUUCCCUUCGGAGAGUUUUUGCAACGGUACUACGUACUGAUGCCCAGCUGGGUAAAAGCACCAAAAGCAAGGGCAGAGAACUGUUCUUCACUUCUACAGCAUGUGGGAUUCAGUGACUAUGCCUUUGGCAAAACCAAAGUAUUUCUGCGAUAUUAUCAUGUUGACGAAUUGGUAGCUCAGUGUGAAAAAAUCCGAGAACAGAAAGUGCUGGAAGAGAAAGCCAUCAAAAUCCAAAAAAGUUAUCGAGGUCACCGCGGUCGAAAAGUUGCCGAAGGGAAAAAAGCUGAACGAAAACAACAAGAAAAUGCUGCGACUUUAGUGCAGUCACAAUUCAGAGGUUAUCAGCAACGAAAGAAAGAGAAAACACGAAAGGAAAAAAGGAAGCGUAGAGGAUCGCAAUUGACCAACGAGGAACAUGCUGCCAUUACAAUUCAAAGAUCUUACCGAAGAUACAUGCUGAAGAAAUCCAGCAAGAAGAUGAUGGACGAAAGCCAAAUCAGGGAAGUUCGUGCUGCAAUAAUCCUGCAGACGUACUACCGCACAUGGAAGUGCCGUACCUUCUUCCAGCAGCUUCUAUUCCUGAAGACCCACAAAGAGAUACAGUAUGAGGACUUUGUGGAAGCAGUUCAGAUUUACAACUUUGAUAUUUACACCUGGCAAAUAGCCACAAACUAUGACUACAAGGCGAAGAGUUCUUCAGAUUUAGUCGGGGAAACUCUUGAAAAAUUCAAAAAGAAAAUGUUUGAUUCAAAACAGGUGGGACGCACACCGUAUUACGAUGCCCCAUGGCCCUCUCUCAAAAUGUAUGGAUUUGUGAAGGAUGAGAGAGUAACAGAGUUUGUAGAGCAACAACAAUUGUCUCAUGUGAUUUUGUGA